AUGGCCGCGUGGACCAGCGCCGACGACGACCGCCUCGUCGCCCUCGUCGCCGCUGUCGGGCCGCGCUGGAGCACCAUCAGCGAGCGCAUGGCACUAGAGGGUCGUCCACGCUCGCGCAAGCAGUGCCGAGAGCGCUACGUCCAGCACUUGGAUCCAACGCUCACAACGACCGCGUGGAGCGACGAGGAAGAUGCAGCAUUGCGUCUUGCCUACGAGCGGCUUGCUGCGGACCCUGCCAAGGUGCCGUGGACGUUGGUGGCGGCGGCGCUGCCGCGACGCCGCAGUGUCGAGCACGUGCGCUACCGGUGGCAGCAAAUGGCGCGUCAAGAGCGCGUCAAGCGCAAGCGAACGACGCAGGUACCUUGGAGCGAGAGCGAAGACACGACGCUCGCGCGGCUCGUGGCGCGCGAUGCGCCGUCCUGGCUCCACGUGGCCGCCAACUUGCCCGGGCGCACGGACCUCCAGUGCCGGCAGCAUUGGAACCAAGUGUUGCAACCGGCGCUGAAAAAAGGCAAGAAGACGUGGACUCCUGCCGACAACGCGCUCUUGCGGGCCAAGGUCGCCGAGCUCGGGUCGGCCUGGACAGCGAUUGCCAAGAGCUUUCCGGGUCGGCUCGGCAAGCAGUGCCGCGAGCGCUAUCGCAACCACGCCGACCCGUCAUUGACCACGGCACCGUGGACCGCACAUGACGACGACGCGCUGCAGGCCGCGUACACUGCGUACCCUCAGCAGUGGGCGCGCAUUGCCGAGCAUCUACCUGGACGCUCGGAAAAUGCAAUCAAGAAUCACUGGUAUGCGCUGCAGACGUCAGGGGCGCGACGGACCCGAGCGGACAGCCGUACGCCGCCGUAAUGCGGGCGUUGGCGGCGGCCAAAAUGUCGUUGAAUUUCGCUGGGGACUGGACAGACG